AGCGUUGUGGUUGCGCCUGCGCAGGACGGGAAAGCUACAGUCAUUUUGCUCUGGGAAGUUGACGAGACAGCAUCAUUUAAGCUUCAGUAUGCCGCCUAGGAAAAAACGAUGUUAACAAACUAGUGCUAAAGUAGCAGAUACGGUAGAUUUAGAGGGAAUGAAUAAGCCAGAGACGAUAGAAGAACCUGUGGAGAGUCAGGAAAUUGAUACUCGGGAUACGCGAGAUACUCCCGACGUCCGGAGUUCUACUGAGGAGCCAGAGAGGAUACAAGAACCUGAGGCUGUUACCGGAGAUAAGCGAGGCACGCCCAACGAUCUUCCUUCUGUGCCUUCCAAGGAGAAAAGACCACCCCUCAAGCUGAACGGAGAUCAAGAAGAAGUGGUGUUCGAGUUUGUAGAAUCCCACCCGGAACUUUACAGCAAGGGGCACCAACAUUUCAUGAAGACUGGACACAAACAGGCAUUGUUGCAAUUGCUUGCCAACACAUUGAAUGCCACUGACUUUGCAGAUGGUGGGUAGCACAUUUUUAUAUUUAUAUUUUUCCUAAUCUUUUCUUAUAAAAAACUGACGUUCAUUUCUUAUGAACAUCAACAAAUGUUACGUCAAACUGCUUAGCAGACAGUACAAAUCUGCGCUGGGCCAAUGCGAACGUUUCUCGAUGACGCAAUAUAUAUUUCGUCUUGUCUACAGAAUGGCCGAAAAACUGAAUUUAAAAGUAAAAUGCAUAAAAAUGCGCAAUUUAUACCACAGAUUUGCUAACUAAUGCAAUGAAAAUAUAAUUUAAAUGCAAUAUAUAAAAUGGAUUUUUCCCGGUCUUCAUGGUAAAUGAACAGUUCAUUGCUAGCGCGAUUCAUGUACAUGUAUUUGCCGAUCCAGAUCUGUUGUUCAUUUCGCAUGAAUACCGAAAAAAUUCUAUUUAAUUUUUUAAGUAUUUAUAAUUAGCGAUAUUAUCAUACUAGAAUUGAAAUUAAUUUAUAUAACAGUAAAGUUUUUGUGUAAUCGGCUCUCGUUUCAUAUCAUGUUUUUGAGAAUGUAUUCACACAUAUUUCUUGUUUCAUUUUUCAGGUUCAAAUGCGAAUGGAUCCCGUAUAAUGACGUGGUGGAACAGCCAGAGGUCGACUUAUGACAGACUUACCCAAAGUGUGUCUGGCCAGGGCGCCAAACGGCUGACACCUCAUGAAGAGCGUUUGCAGGAACGUCUGACAUUUCUCAGCGGUCAUGUGUACAGAGUGCCCAAACGAGCCGGGGUUAAUCUCAUGCAACGACUUCGUGAAAAGCAUCCCGAUAGAUUCAACGAACCCGCAUCUCAGGAUAUGCAGCAACGGGAUUCAGACACCGAUUCCGAGCAUGAGCAGACCACUCCUACAGUCACGCAGACAGAAGAAAACGUCCGUAACUGCAACCAGACGGCCGUCAGCUCCACCUCUAGGAAGCAGAAACUCUCUCAUCUUCUUCUGGAGAAAAUCGAGAAGAGAAUGGCCGCCAACCAGCAGCAAAUGAGCCAGAUUAUCCAGCAGGAGGACAACCCACGAGCGGCUUUUGGUCGCAUGGUAGGGCUUUCGGCGGCACAGAUGGACGACGAAGCAUUUGAGGGACUACAGUUGGAUGUCACUAAUUUACUGGUGAAGUAUAAGCGGGAGUCCAGGGCCAGGGCUCAGGCUGCAUUGUGAGCCAGGCCCAACCACGUCAGCCGCACAUGUCCCAGACGCAGCCAGGUGCCAGCAACUAUCAGACCGUUGGGGACGUACAAUUAGCAUCAGCCAUUGCCGUACAACAGAACCAGCGGUGUCCCGAUGGCUUCCUUCAUAACUGGCAGCGCCAGUACCAGCAGCAGGCAGAUACUCAACAGACAGACCAGCCGCAGC